UUUUGGUUGUGGGACUGAGCUUCAACUCUUCCACCUCUCACCGCUCUCUGCAGUCAUACGAACAGGUACAGCACUGUUCUUCUGCUAGUGAAGACCAUUUCACCUUCCACUUGAUCAAGGAAACUCAAUUGCUUCUCGUAACCCCUCGAACGGCUUCGCAGCCCCUCGAUUGACUGCGAAGUCGAGAUGUCCGCCUCAAUACCAGGCAAUCGAGAGCUCCCAGCUUCUCAGUAUGAUCUCAGCACAUACUGGGGACGUGUGAUGCACUCCGCCAACAUUUCAGAUCCCAGAACACUGCUCGUUAAUAAAGCUGGUUUGGAGCAUGCGAAGGGUCUGGUCGCCGGAUACAAGCAGGGGAAGAUUGGGGAGAUGAAUGCGGAGCUAUGGAAUGCGAAGAAGAUUGUCGAUUCUACUUUACAUCCAGAUACCGGCGAACCAGUCUUCCUCCCUUUCCGGAUGUCAUGCUUUGUCCUAUCGAAUUUGAUUGUUACGGCUGGCAUGCUCACACCAGGACUCGGGACUACUGGCACACUCCUAUGGCAAAUUACCAAUCAAUCCCUUAACGUUGCAAUCAACAAUGCGAAUGCCAACAAAUCUACCCCAUUAUCCGUCUCGAAGAUCACACAAUCAUACUUUCUAGCUGUUGGAGCUUCUUGUUCUGUAGCUUUGGGACUCAAUGCCCUCGUUCCGCGAUUAAAGAAAGUUGCUCCCGCCACGAAGAUAAUACUCUCAAGAUUGGUACCAUUUGCAGCUGUUGCAAGUGCUGGUGCGUUGAAUGUUUUCUUGAUGAGGGGAGAGGAGAUCAGACAAGGAAUCGACGUCUACCCAGUCCUUUCUGAGUCUGACAAGGCCAAGCUUGCAGAGGAAGGCAAGUCCGAAUCUUCAGUGCAAUCUCUGGGAAAGAGUAAGAAGGCAGCUACUCUUGCUGUCUCGGAGACUGCCCUCAGCCGAGUCUUGAACAGUUCUCCCAUCAUGGUCAUCCCCCCCCUAAUUCUGGUACGACUACAAAAGCAAGACUGGCUGAAGAAAAAUCCAAGACUCACUUUACCUGUUAAUUUGGGCCUGAUUCUGACCACAAGUCUGUUUGCUUUGCCUUUGGCACUGGCAGCAUUUCCUCAAAGACAGAGUGUUGAUGCUGCGAGUUUGGAGAAGGAGUUCUGGGACAUGGGUGGUGAGAACGGAAAGGUUGUGUUCAAUAGAGGCAUAUGAGGCUGUGCACGACUUUGAACACAUCUCCCGAACAACGACUUCGAAGACCAGUUCCCCGGAUUUCAAGAAAUACAUUCAACCGGCAGCGAAUAAACGGCGGUAAUUUAGGCAUUUUCACUUCCAAACUGCAUUUUCGAGCAUGGCGUUUUGAUGACUGGGGGGCUCGCUGUAGGUUCACAGCAGACAAAUAGAAUUCCUAAAUAGAAACUGGUCACGAAGCAACAUCGAA